UCUUCGUCAUUGUAUUUGUGACGUGUUGAAUUGCUGGUACAGGCCCCACAAGCAAGGGGUCAAACACUGAACCUCGAGCAUUAUGAGUCUGUACUUAAUGGUUCUAUUGCUACUUCUUCCUGCAAUCCAGUGUCGAAAUGAUUCUUUUAGAGCUAUAAUACUUGGCUUUGAGCGAGAUUGCAUACAUUCGUAUUGUAACUACACGGGGCGGUUGUACGGUUAUUUUUGGCACCCUUUCAAGCAAUACCCGCACGAUUAUCAUUGUGGCAUUCUUUUAGUUGAAUACUGCCGUAGCAAGAAUGUUAAAGAUUGUGGUGGAGAUGGAUAUUUCUCUGAAUGGGACUAUCAAUGCGUGAUGUGGAGUGUGUGUAACCCUAAAGAAAUUUGUGGACCCGAUAUUCGCGAUGAGUGUAAUUGCCUCAAAGGGAAUCCAUACUACUUUUCAAUUCGUCCAGUCAAUUUUGACUAUGCAAAACACUAUCGUUUGGUAUUUAAUCUCGGUGUAUCAAUUAGCAACACCUUUGAUAUUACUAAAUAUCCAGAUGACUGGGAUCGUGAUGUUCCUCGUGAAACAAGCUUGGAAUCAAAGGGUGGAAAACGUCGCCUAAAGCCCGAAUCAAUCCUUAUUUAUCUGGGAGCUGUGUUUGCCGUAGGUCUUGCCAACAUCAGACUGUAGCCAGACACUGAGAGGAACAGCCCAAACAGCAAUGUUUGACACAAGAUCAUGUUUAAAUUCUGUGUUUUAAGUUUAGCUUCAUUUGGUCUAAUUGCAAUGUUUGACACAAGAUUCUGUUUAAAAUCUGUGUUUUAAGUUUAGCUUCAUUUGGUCAAAUUGCAAUGUUUGACACAAGAUUCUGUUUAAAAUAUGUGUUUUAAGUUUAGCUUCAUUUGGUCUAAUUGCAAUGUUUGACACAAGAUUCUGUUUAAAAUCUGUGUUUUAAGUUUAGCUUCAUUUGAUCAAAUUGCAAUGUUUGACACAAGAUCCUGUUUAAAAUCUGUGUUUUAAGUUUAGCUUGAUUCGUUCAAAUUGCAAUGUUUGACACAAGGUUCUGUUUAAAAUCUGUGUUUUAAGUUUAGCUUCAUUUGGUCAAAUUGCAAUGUUUGACACAAGGUUCUGUUUAAAAUCUGUGUUUUAAGUUUAGCUUGAUUUGGUCAAAUUGCAAUGUUUGACACAAGGUUCUGUUUAAAAUCUGUGUUUUAAGUUUAGCUUCAUUUGGUCAAAUUGCAAUGUUUGACACAAGAUUCUGUUUAAAAUCUGUGUUUUAAGUUUAGCUUCAUUUGGUCAAAUUGCAAUGUUUGACACAAGAUUCUGUUUGAAAUCUGUGUUUUAAGUUUAGCUUGAUUCGGUCAAAUUGCAAUGUUUGACUCAAGGUUCUGUUUAAAAUCUGUGUUUUAAGUUUAGCUUCAUUUGGUCAAAUUGCAAUGUUUGACACAAGAUUCUGUUUAAAAUCUGUGUUUUAAGUUUAGCUUCAUUUGGUCAAAUUGCAAUGUUUGACACAAGAUCCUGUAUAGAAUUUUUUUUUUUAAAGUUUAGCUUGAUUCGGUCAAAUUGCAAUGUUUGACACAAGAUCCUGUAUAGAAUUAUUUUUUUUUAAGUUUAGCUUGAUUCGGUCAAAUUGUAAUGUUUGACACAAGAUCCUGUAUAGAAUUUUUUUUUGUUUAGCUUGACUUGGUCAAAUUGUAAUGUUUGACACGAUCCUGUAUAGAUUUUUUUUU